AUGUCAAACAAUGGAACAAUGAGCUCUUUUACUAGACAGCAAAGAAUCAGAGAGAUGGAAGCAGAAGAAGUUAAUGAUGAUGCAAGAGAGACAAUGAUUGUUGCUUCAGUAUCAGCAGAAGACAGUAGCUGGCAAGUGCAGUCAUUUGUUGAUGAGAACACAGCAUAUGUAGUUGAGGUUACAGAUAGGCUGAUUAUGAAAUGUACCUGUUUCGAUUUUGAAAGAAGACAAAAACCAUGCAAGCAUAUGUAUUUGUUAAAAAUGCACACUGCCUUUUCUUUGCACUUCUCAACCACUCCUUUAAACUCUACCUAUGAACACAAUGUCAUCCCAAUCCCUCAACCCAUCACCACAAACAAUUGCUCCUCCCUUUUCUUUGAUCAGUGCAUUCAAACAAAUCAAACACUGCAUCAAUCACAUCAAGACCUUGCCACAUUAGCACAGUAUACAACAGACAAUGAAGCAAAGCAUAUAUAUGACAUACAGCAGCAAUUACUUCGUUCCAUUCAAUUCUUAAAAGAUAAAUAUGAAACAUUCAAAAGCUACGAGUACAGAGUUAUAAAUGCUGCCAUUUACUACAGCGCUAGGUCGAAAAAAUAUGAAGAGAGUGGGAUUCGAACCCACGCCUCCGAAGAGAUCACGGCCUUAACGUGA